AUGGCAUUAGACGCCUUUUCUGGCGACUCUGAUCCCAUGGAACAUUUGAGAUAUUUUAACACUAAAAUGGUAAUUGGUGGGGCAACGGACGCGGUGAAGUGCAGAUUAUUGCCUUCAACAUUCAAAGGAAUGGCGAUGCAGUGGUUCAUUAGACAACCGCCCUUCUCUAUUGACAAUUUUACCAAUCUGUCUACCAAAUUCCUAACUCAAUUCUCCGCCAACAAAACUACAAAAACAACUAUGUUUGAUCUCAUCAGCAUACAUCAGCAGCCAAGGGAGAAGUUAAAGACCUACAUGGCACGCUUCAGUAAGAUGGUUGUUCAACUGGAGGAGGAUAACCCGGAUACAAAUGUUGUACAAUAUCCACCGCCGCCUCGGCGGCCACCAACUAAUGUGGAUACAAACAGAUGGUGUGAGUACCACAAAACGUUGGGGCACACCACGAAUAAUUGUUGGAACUUGCGGCGGGAGAUUGAUCGGCUGAUCAAGGCUGGCCAUCUGGCAACAACACCAGAGGCCACUAAGGUAACUCAAGGGGACAAAGCCUGCAAUGGGAAGGUUGGGGUCCUACGCGUAGACCAGAACGCAGCAAGAGAAUGUUACCUAAGAAGUGUGGCGCUCUAUGGGCGAAAGGAAAGCCAUCGUAUCACAGAAAUUUUUCCACAAGAAGGGUUUAGUUUAGACCCAAGGGACGAUGCUGAUGAUUUCCGCCCACAACCUUUGGAAGAAACCCAACCGGCACGAGUCAAGGAUAAGGUUUUAAAGAUUGGCAGCAGUUUCAUGGAUAAAAAAUUUUCAAGAAAAGUUGGCAGGAAUAUGGAGGUAUACGUGGAUGACAUGAUCGUUAAGUUCGCCAGGGCAGGUGACCAUGGCGAUGAUCUUAAGGAAGCAUUUGCCCAACUAAGAAAAUAUCAAAUGAAGUUAAAUCCUGAGAAAUGUUCAUUUGGGAUUCAAGGGGGAAAGUUUCUGGGAUUCAUGUUAACAUCAAGGGGGAUAGAAGUAAAUCCAGAUAAGGGCAAGGCGAUCUUGGAAAUGAAAAGCCCAACAAGUGUCAAGGAAGUACAACGCUUAACAGGACGCAUGGCUGCCUUGGCACUUGUUUUGCCAAUGGCGGGAGACAAAGCGGCUCCAUUUUUCACUUGUUUGAAAAAGAACUCAAAGUUUCAAUGGACUGAAGCAUGUGAACAAGCUUUUACUAAAUUGAAAGAAUCAUUAGCAACGCUACUGAUACUAUCCAAGCCCACGCCAGGUGUUCCUCUGACGCUAUACUUGGCAGUCACGGAAAAGGCGGUUAGUACGGUGUUGCUUCAGGAAGAAGGGAAAAAGCAGAAGGUCACCUAUUUUGUGAGUCAUACUCUGCAAGGUGCUGAAUUGUGA